AUGGUUCCCUUGGAUUUGACCAAUUUUGCCGCAAGUCCUUGCCAUUACAUAUUCCCAAAUAACCUCAACGUCUUCAAAACACUCCUUGUCUUGAAACUCAAAGGCAGGACUGUUCUCGACGUUGUUGAUUCUCCUGUUUGUUUCCCUUCCUUGAAAACGUUACACCUCACAUAUGUGAGGUUCGAGCGCAAAGAAUCUUUCAAAAUAAUUUUAUCGGCGUGUCCUGUUCUUGAAGAUCUCGUCCUCGAAGCACUUCGUAGUGCUGGAGAUUAUUUGUUCCCAAUAUCGUUAUCAUCCCCCUCUCUACAAAGGUUAUCCAUUGAUACUAAAUAUGGGUAUUAUCAUGACAACGACCCGAUACUCGAGAUAAGUGCACCUUCUUUGAAAUACUUAAAGAUCUGCGAUAUUCGAGCUUGUUAUAACCUCAUUGAAGAUAUGCCUAAGUUGGUGGAGGCUAAUGUGUCAGUUGACUUGCCGAGACAUGAGCACCUUUUUAAAGUUCUUUCUUCACUUGAACGUCUGUCGAUAGGUUUCCAUGCUGCCAUGGUUGUUGACCUUACGGAUGGCUUAAUCUUCAACCGGCUUCUUCAUCUUGAAUUAGACAUUAAUUACGCCUUUUGCUCUAAUCUACUUCUGCGUUUGCUGAGACAUUUUCCUAAUAUACAAUCUCUCAAGCUUCUCCGAACAUAUCUCACAUAUUGGAGGGGGCAACUCAACUGUUUAGUCUCUGUUCCUAAAUGCUUGAGCUUUCAUCUCGAGAUUCUUCAAUGGACAUGCUAUGGAGGAGCACUGAAUGAGAGAGAAGCUGCAGUUUACAUUUUUAAAAACGCUCCUUAUUUAAAGACUGCUACGUUCUCAUUAUGUAGAAAAGAUAUGGAAGAUGUUAUGAUGAAAGAUUUGAGAUCUAUGCCCAAGGCUUCGGCCUCAUGUCAGCUUGUAUUCAAAAAAACUUUUUGA